UCUCUAUCACUAGAUCACUCACAUAGUCACAUUCUCUCUCUCUCUCUCUCACAUAGGAGAGGAAAAACUCUAACAACAACCAACAAUGGUGAUCGCUAGAACAUUGUUCUCAAUCUCAGCAACUCUAAUCAUAAUUCUAGCACUCUUUUUCCAUGUAAAUUCAGUUCAAGAAACAAGAGAAUCAAAACAUGAGAGCUCAAGAAAUACAUCAACCGCGGAUAAUUUAUCAGACGGUGAAUGGCAUGAACACGCCGUUAAAGACCCAGAAGAAAUAGCAGCACUGGUCGAUAUGAGUAUACGUAACAGUACGUAUCGUAGAAAGCUAGGGUUCUUCUCCUCUUGCGAAACUGGAAACCCAAUCGAUGAUUGUUGGCGAUGCGAUAAAAAAUGGCAUCGCCGGAGAAAACGAUUAGCGGGUUGCGCGAUUGGUUUCGGACGUAACGCAGUUGGAGGCCGUGAUGGACGUUACUACAUAGUUACUGAUCCAUCUGAUCAUGACCCGGUUAACCCAAAACCCGGUACACUCCGGUACGCUGUGAUACAAGAUGAACCGCUAUGGAUCGUCUUUAAACGUGACAUGGUCAUUACUUUAAGCCAAGAACUAAUCAUGAAUAGCUUCAAAACGAUUGAUGGUCGUGGCGUGAACGUACAUAUAGCUGGUGGUGCAUGUAUCACGAUUCAGUACGUUACGAAUAUUAUCAUCCAUGGGAUUAAUAUUCACGAUUGUAAGCGAACCGGUAACGCUAUGGUUCGGAGUUCGGAGAGUCAUUAUGGUUGGAGAACUAUGGCUGAUGGUGAUGGGAUAUCGAUUUUUGGAUCGAGUCAUAUUUGGAUUGAUCAUAAUUCUCUUUCGAAUUGUGCUGAUGGAUUGAUAGAUGCAAUUAUGGGAUCUACUGCUAUUACCAUCUCUAAUAAUUAUCUCACUCACCACAAUGAGGCUAUUUUGUUGGGGCAUACCGAUUCAUACACCAGAGACAAAAUGAUGCAAGUAACCAUUGCAUACAACCAUUUUGGAGAAGGUCUUGUACAGAGAAUGCCAAGGUGCAGGCAUGGAUACUUCCAUGUAGUAAACAACGAUUACACUCACUGGGAAAUGUAUGCAAUUGGUGGAAGUGCUAAUCCUACCAUUAAUAGCCAAGGAAACCGGUUCCUUGCCCCGGGAAACCGUUUCGCUAAGGAGGUGACGAAACGGGUAGGUGCAGGGGAAGGAGAAUGGAACAAUUGGAACUGGAGAUCCCAAGGAGACUUAAUGCUCAAUGGUGCCUAUUUUACUUCAUCUGGAGCUGGAGCUUCUGCAAAUUACGCCAGAGCCUCUAGUUUGGCUGCUAAAUCAUCUUCCCUUGUAGGUAUGCUUACCUCUAGCUCAGGUGCUUUCAAAUGCAGGAUCGGUACGCUUUGUUAAUUAUUUGUAUUUUGUAUAACCAAAACCGAACACAUAUAGAAAAUAUAUGAAAAUUGUGAGAGAAAGAAGAAAACAGAACUCAUUUUUCUUGGCUCC